AUGAGGUGGAUCUUGACGCUACUGUUGUACGUUACGCACAGCUUGGUUUUGAUUGAAGGAGGACAGCGAAAACUAAGACCUUGUCGACCUAAUCCAUGUAAAAACAGAGGAAGAUGUACUUUGACCAAUGGUAAAGACACUUGCAUAUGCCCUGCUGGAACUUCCGGGGACCUUUGUGAAAUGAACCCGGAUGAUUGUAAAUCUAGACCAUGCCAGAAUGGAGCAACUUGCCGGAACUGUGAAAAUGAUAAAAAUGAAUGUGCCCCGAGGAAUCCAUGUAAACACGAAUCAAAGUGUAUUGAUACUAUUGGUAAGGCACUCUGUAAAUGCCCUACUGGGCUGACGGGAGACCUUUGUCAAAUUGACAACCUGAAUGAAUGUGAUCGUAAUCCAUGUAAAAAUGGUGGAAGCUGUGCUGAUGGACCUGGUAAACCAAUCUGUACAUGCACUGCCCAAUUUGCUGGUGAUCUAUGUGAAUAUGCCAGAGAUGAUUGUCGUCCAAAUCCUUGUAAAUUUGAUGGAACUUGCACUAACACUGGAUCUGUCACAGAUGGUGGAUUCACUUGUCGUUGUAAGCCUGGUUACACUGGAGCAACUUGUGCAAUAAAUAUCAAUGACUGUCUACCAAAUCCCUGCAAAAAUCGAGCACGGUGUAAAGAUGGUGUUAACAGCUUUACCUGUGGAUGUCCAUCUGGUUGGGAGGGCACGUUGUGUGACAAGGAUGUGAAUGAAUGUCUUCUUGGAAAGUGUCUGAAUGGUGCAAAAUGUCAAAAUACAGAAGGGAAGUUUAAUUGCACCUGUGCCCCUGGAUAUUAUGGAACAAUUUGUUCUUUAAGGCAGAAAAAACUAAAAAGUUGUCGACCUAAUCCAUGUAAGAACAGAGGAAGGUGUACUUUGACCAAUGGUAAAGUCACUUGCAUAUGUCCUGCUGGAACUUUCGGGGACCUAUGUGAAAUAAACCCAGAUGAUUGUAAAUCUAGACCAUGCCAGAACAGAGCAACUUGUAUUGAUGGCCUUAAUAAAUACACAUGUAGAUGUGUUCAGGGCUACAUAGGCCGGAACUGUGAAAAUGGUAACAUUUAA